AUGGAUGAAACAAACUAUGGCAAUGAAGAAAAGUACACUGAAGUGCUUAUCUCUGGUAAUAACCAUUGUGGCCAGCUUGGAGUGGAACUGACCCAUGAUAAAAGCCAGAACUGUAGGAUAAAAGUACCAAGAAUAGUCACUUUUGAUGUGGAAAUACUCCAAAUUUCAUGUGGAAGGGACCACACUGCGUUCAUUACUCCUCAAGGAAUUUAUUCUAUGGGAAGUAACCACUUCGGCAAGCUUGGAAUUGGAAAUCCUGAUAUCGAAUACUUAUCUACUCCUCAUUUAAUCAAGAGUAUUCAGAGGUCUGACUGUGUACAAGUUGCCUGCGGGUGGGAACAUACAGCAGCUGUCAUGAAAACAGGAGAGUUUUAUAUCUGGGGAUCUGCCAAAUAUGGUGCCAUUGGAACAGAGAAUAAAGAAAAUGCAUGGAGCCCUGUAAAGUUCAAGUUCAGAGCUAUUAAUUCAUCAGAGAAUCAUGAGUCUGACUAUUCUUGAUUCAAGGACACAAGUUUGAAAAUAAAAUCAGUAUCAUGAGGAGCAAGGUUUACAUGAGCCAUCGAUAAAAGUGACAAACUGCUUGUUUGGGGAUGAAAUGACUAUGGACAAUUAGGAGUUGGGGAUACCCUACAGAGACCACUUCCUGAAUUAGCAAUCAGCAAUAUCUCAGCAGUAGCAUGUGGAAUCAACCAUACAUUAGUGCUGAGUAAAUAAGGGGCAUGUCUACUCAGCUGGAAGCAACAGUAAAGGAGAACUCGGACUAUGAGAUCCUUCUGUGAACUUCACGACUACCUUCAAGAAGGUAUCCAAGCUCAAAGAUGUUGUCAAAAUAAAAGCUGGUCUUCAUUCUAUGGCUGUUGAUAUAAAUGGUAGGUGAUAUUUAUGGGGCACCCCUAUCUCCAGAGAUAAGAUAGAGCCACCUACGAAGCUACAUAAGUUGUUCCACAACAAGAGAAAAGACUUAGCACCUAUUUUGUCAAUGGAUUCAGGCAUAGAGACUUCCUGAGUGAUUAAUACGAAGGGAGAAUUGUACUAUUGGUCCAAUACACAGAAUGUUUUGAGUGAACAAUCUCCUGAAAUAUAUCAGAUGGAAGUGGAUGACAAGCAAACUAAGUUUAACAAAAUCGCUUGUGGCCAUAAUUUUAUGCUGGCUCUAGGAAAAACUCUGUAUAGGAAAGAUUAUGAUAAUAUAUCUAUGUCUACAAAUAUCGAGAAAAAGGUUAGCUUUGAUUUGAGCUCUCUUCGUCCUAAAUCAACUACUGCAAGGAGGAAAUAGCAUAUUGAAAGGAAGCAACAAUUCAAACUCGAAUAUUCUCUCAGAUGAGGAAAAUGAUCCUUCAAUCUCUAUUGCUCUUCAAAAACCGAUUCAAAAUAUUCAAAGGUCAUCUUCUUCUCAACUUUUUUCAAAACCAAAUACAUCCAGAAACAAAUUUACUAAACUAAGCUUGCAGUUACAAGGUUCAUCAAAUCCAAAAACCUGAAAAAACUCCCAUAAAUCUCCUCUCCGUUUAUCUAAAGCUGCUGUAACAGAUCAAAUCCUUUCAAACAUCAAAGAAAUGCUAUAUACCCCCAAACUUCCAAACUACACUUCCAAAUCCCCAUCACAACUAUCCCUAAACCUCCCACUCCAAAUCCCCCAAGAAACCCCUCAAAAAGCCAUCCUAAAGCACGAAAUUGACAUCCUCAAGGCCGAAAACAGUCGCUUACUAAGCCGCAACCUCACACAACUCCAAGAGUCCAAAACAGCUAUCGAAUCCCAAAAGUCCUGGUACGACACCACCUUCGAGCAGAGAUACAACCAAAAAGUACUAGAAAACCAGGACUUUAAGGUCAAAAUAGAACACCUUGAGACUGAAAAUAAGAACCUUAAGGCCCAGAUAGAUAUCUUAAAGGAUAAGUUUAGGCUUAGCUUUAGAAAGUAAUAAGAUGAUGGACCACCAGCUUAGUGAUAAUAGAACCCAGAUCAAGGACCUGAGGGAUGAGUGAAGAUAUAAGGAUAAUAGGAUUAAGGAAAUGGAGAGGUUGUUACAGGAGACUAAGCAACAGAUCUUUGAAGGAGAUUUAGUCGUUAGGUCGAUGAAACAGGAGCGGGAGGUCAAUGAUAAGAGGAUUAUGGAGGUUAUGAGUAAAUUAGAGUACCUUCAGUAUAAAGUCAACCAGCAGGAUUUUAGUAAGAGAGGGAAGAUACAGGAGGUUCAGGAAGCUAAUUUUCAGAAUCUUAAUACUUAUUGUAAUCAUGCUACAUUUGAUAAUUGAAAAGGUAGUAACGAAGAGAUUAGUAUUCAAGUCUCUAAUCAUUAUUUUAACAAAAGGAAUUCUAAUAGUCAGACUGAACUAGAGCAAUAUGAAUCAGUGGAAAUCCUUCCAAAAUAACUUGAGUAGCUCCUUAAAGCGGGCUACUUCAACUAAAAGUUUGGAUGACUCUAAAUUCUCAAACAUUAAUUCUAACCAUCCUAAUGGGUCAAACAAAAAUGCUGAUGAGAGUAUUAAAAAUGGCAAGAUUCCUAGAGAGAAAAUCAAAUUUAAAAUAAACGACACUCAUAUUUCAAGGCAACCCUUAUCUCCACUGGAUAUAAAUUCUGUUUCUCAAAAUCCUCCUGUCAGCCAAAAUUUAAAAGAUUGACAAAAAUCAAUUAAAAGAGAUAAAAAGUGGGAGAAAGGUAUCCAGCCCUACAAUGGUCUAGUCGAAUACCCUGACCACACAAUGAAUUCGUUUGCAGAACAGCUUGAGGAUACCCCUAUCCCAUUCCCAAACAUUAAUAAUGAUGAGAAUAUGUUCAAGAGAAGGGCUAGAGGAGAUAUUAAGACAUCUUUCGGAAUGAAUCCUUCAAUCGCUUCUAAACUCAGUAUUCUCAAGAAGAUGGUCACUAGGAUCGAAGGUGAGCCUGAUUCUACCACUUAAGCUCUCCUAUCCCAAGAGGAACUAAAUGUUUAUAAAAUAUGAACAGAAAUACUAGAUCAAAAAUUCAGAUUCAAUAAAGUCUCA